AUGGCGCUCGCCUUCGCUUCCGGAUCUCUAAAGCUGGCAAACUGGGGGUUUGGUGUUGGCGACAUUGCUGUCAUCGCUGGUGCGGGAAGAAAUGUAGGCAACUGGGUCAUGGCCCAGACCCGAGACCGCAAUUUGGUUGAGUUUUUGAGAGUCGACAUCGAUACUGUCAUCACUAGGAAAGGUUUGAUCGAUGUGGUGGAGCUACACAAGCGCUGGGAUUGCAAAAUCACGCUCUUCCGAAACGGACUCCCCAUGGCUGUGGAAAAUCCUGCUGGAAGUCAAGUACCUGUUGUUGAUAACAUGGACAAGUUCACUUGGUUCAUGACCUUGUUACUUGCAGCACUGGAUGCAGCGAUCGGGCCCUCAUACGUCCACCAAUUUGUCAUCAACCUCUUAUCGCGACUGUUCGAAAACAGCCCAGACGGCAUGGAGUAUUUGAUGCGAGAGGCACCUCAACAUAUCCAGGGUUGGAGCAAUUAG